AUGCAAGAGGAUACACAAAUCAAAGUGAUCAAAACAGAGAAGGUUGGUGAAAGGUACAAUGUUUACAUUGGCUGCAAGUACUCCACGAGUUAUAGAGACAAGAUCGCUUACCAAGGAAAAGAGAACGCAAACAGCAAAGCCGCUGAUCUGUACAAGGACAACAUUCGUGUGGACAGACUUGUGGACAAAGAUGCAGCCAACCGCCAUCACGGCAGAAGCGAAGCCAAGAGGACUUAUACUCAGCUCCCACCUAGUGGAAAAAAAUGUCCCUUCCGAUUCCUCCUUGUUCUAAUUCCAGGAAAGCACUGGUACAUUAGAUUCACAGAAAAGUCGAAAGGUUGUCACAAUCACAAGAGGAUUCCAAUUUCAGAACAGAAUCGGCCAUUGUCAUCCUUUUCCAAAGAAGAAUUGAAGCAAGCUGCGAGAUUCAGUCAAUUGACCCAUUCUGGAGCUGCAGUCACUCUCACACAGGAGCUCACUGGAGCAAAAGUAACUGCUGCGCAAUUGGAUUACAACAGGAAGAAGGUUGAGGGUCGCAAUCCCAAUAGAGCACCAAAAACACAGGCUGAGGAAUUGAUUCAUUAA